UUACUGUAUUACAGAUACUCUGCGUAAUGUUUCCAUAUAAUCUUAUUCUCAUACGCUACGGUAGUCUUCUGGUCGUCAUUGAAACUCAGCUGCCUAAUAUAACAAAAACCGGGAUGUAACAUAAUUUAACUAGAUUAUCUGGCUUAAUAAAGAAUUUAUGAAACUGCUAUAAGCAAACUUACUUGCCGCAUUGCUAUUUACAAGCAGGCAAGUUGAGCUCAUAAGUUAGAAGUUAUAGAAGCAGACAUCAUAACCUCUUCAUCCAAUAUUUUUAAGGAUUUCUAGUACACAUGUCUCUCUUUCAAUGCGUUUUUGGAGAAUUUUUCUUGAGAAAAUCACUUCGAAUGGGAUAGACAGGAGUAAUGUUUAUCUGUUCAUGGAGGUUCAGGCAAACUUUAAGGAGUUAUAAGCUAAUCUGGGUCGGAAUUAGGGGGAAAUGAUGCCUUUAGAUAUUUUCAUUGACUCAGAAAAACUAAAGAAAGUAGGUCUGUGGGGUAAAUAUAUAACUAGUACUGUUUCUAAAAUCUACCUCUAAGACGUACUAUGUUCUCAAGAUUUGAGCCUCUCAAGGUAAGAUUUAGCAAUGAGAUUAUACACUUUGGCAUGCUGUUCUUUCUGAUUAAAAUUAGAGCAAUCACCACUAAAUUCUAUAUCAAACUAAGUAGAGGGCAGUGAAGCAAGGAUUCUUUGAAGCCAAGUAAGGCUUCCGUCUGGUGUUCAAGAAUGUACCCAAAAUGUUACUAAAACAUUAGGAUAGUCCAGAUUGCUUUCUACUGAAUUAUACCUGCUAAGCUAGCUCUAAUA